GGCGCCGCGCAUAAGAUUCACUGUGGAAUUCAAGUACAGAAAGGUAACAUUAGCAUCCAGUAACAGAAAGCGCAAUGAAAACAUAUGAGUGCUAUCUUCAGAUAGAAAAGAGGACCGGAGCAUUGUCACACUCUGCGCUCCAGGUUAUUUCUGCAAUGCAAUUAACAGUAAAGAAAAACUUGAAGCAGUUAUACAUAUAAUGAAAAUUCAAUCGCCAUAUAUUUGACAUAGGGGAAAUGUAUAUUCAAAUAGCGGGGCAUGUCGUCACACACACACUUUUUUUUUUUUUUUCAGCAAAAUCAAUCAAAUCAAAUUCAGUAAAACUGACCAGAAAAAUUAAAAAAAAAAAAAAAUCUUACAAAAAUGUCGAAGCAUUUUUUUGGCCAAAAUAAAUUAUAAUGAAAAACUAUAGCGUAUAAAAUUGCAACAUUUUUAAAAACGUCUUAUUAAAUACGUGACAACUUCCCCCAAGACCACAAUACCUUUUCUUUCUUCUUGAAACACAGUUCUGCUUUUCAUUAUAGCGACUCUUGUCUAAAUUUCAUUGGGGGUUUAUUGUAGGCUAUAAACAACAAAUUUACAGAAAAAUUAAUCCUGUUUUGAAUUACAGAUUUGUUUUCUACUUUAAAACAAGGGUCACUUAGAAAUUGCUAGUAAAUUUCACAAACAAUUACAUUAAGUAGCCUAACAAAUUUAAUUAAACGUAAAAGCAGAAUGACUUAAACAUCAUUUUGAGAUAAUUUUUAGCAUUGCUGAAAAAAACAAGCAUUUAUGACUCGAAGCCUUUACUUCACUGUUUGUGACAACUAGCCCCGACCUCCUUAUAACAUCACACUGAAUGAUUACGAUCCCUGUACAAUGGUAUUCACACAGUACUCUGAAUCAAUGAUAGCAGAAAGCGUGGUGGUUUGUGUUAAUGUCUAUUUAUCUAGGGCACGACAGAGAUUUUCUCAAAGAUAUUGCAUCACACAGCGCCAUCUCAUGGAUCAUCCGAGAAAUACAACCCCGUCUUUAUGUGCAAUUCAUUAUUAACUCGCUUAUUAUAAGCUCAUCUUCCUCCACAACUAUUCGAUUUGAUGGAAUAAAAUAUUUUGGCAUUAAAUAAGAGAGUAAAAAUAUUAUAUUAAACAUGUUUCACAUCAAACAUCAAUAAAUGUUCUAUUUAUCAAAAUAAUAAUAAUAAUGAUUUGAAUACAUAUAUGCACUACCACUAAAACUCUUUAGUAUUUUACAAUUCUGGGAUGUUUGUAAACUCUACACGGAAAAUAAUUGGGUCUAGGAUUUACUUCAAAACAACUUUCAUUGAGAAAUUGCUUGUAAAUGAAACAACUAUGAGAAAAUGCUAAUUCAUUAUCCACUCUAACUCAUGCAUUAAGAUUUAAGAGUUCCAUUCAACUUUAUUUUUGUUACAUGAUAAAGCAUUUAAGCAAAAUAGGGAACAUAAAUCAAGUCCGUGGUCUCAUUAAUCUGAGCCUUCCUCUAACACUUCAAUUUGAUGAGACAAAAUAUUGUGAUGUCAAAUGCAUUGAUUUUACGAUCUGCUAUUGAUUAUAGAGCUGAUUAACUGUUGUAUUUAUCUUAAUACAUAAAAAUGUCAAAAGUUUGGAUGUGCCUAUUCUUUAUUUUAAAACGACAUGUUCAUGAGGUGCAUUCUGGGAUGUUUUUAAGUAUUGAAAGAGGAACAUGCAUUUAUAUUUCCUUUACUAAAAAACAAACUAAAAGUUUUAUAAAGUCAUUUAAACCCAAGCAUUUGAAUGUUGUUGUUUUUUUUUAACUAAGCUGCACAUCUGAUGAUGCUUUUGAUACAAUAUCCACUACAAACCCAAAAAAAAAAAAAAAAAAUGUAUAUAUAUAUAUUUGACUACUUAACUAACUUCAAGCAUUUAAGCGGACAUGUUUUAGAGAUUUUAGAUUGAAGGUUUUGUGGUCAUAAGGAACAUGUUUUGUCCAUGUUUGUGUGCAUAUCUAAUGAUUGUUUUAAAAAAAAAAGGCAGGAGUAAAGGCCAUCCUAAACAAUGCUUCUGAGUUUCGAGCAAUCGUGAUGACACAGCAUGUUGAGAUCUGCAGUCAGGCUGAUUUUCCCUCCACUUUACUCAAGCACGUCAAUGAAAGAAACAUUUAAAUGGAAGCCACACCUGCCGCCCGCCACGAGCCAAUGAUCUGCAGCCGAGAGCUGACAGAUGACACGCCCACCUUUGUUCCGAGCCAAUAGGAAUGUUAAGGUGUUGUUAGUAUGGGAAGUCGACAACAAUGGCUCACGAGACUGAAGAAUGAGCUGAGCAGCAGUCCUCUGGUGUCCAACGUGGCCUUCGGCUUCAUCCUGAUGGGACUGGAGAAGCUGGUGGAGCUGGAGUUUGAGUGUCCGUGCAAUCCGGCCUGGAACGGGCUGUUUUCCUCCGCGUUCUUCAUCAUUCCCGCCAUCAUGGCCUUGGCGCUCAUGAUGAUCAUCCAGGGAUGCAGGUGUGACGCCUGGUGCAGGAGGACCGUGUCCCUGUCCAGCUUUGUUCCUGCUGUGGUCUGGCUGAUCCUGCUCUUUCUGGACGGUCAGUAUUUCGCCUGUGCGAUGACAGACUGGCACGGCCGGUUCGUGAUCGUGCACAAAGCCGCUCCGCAGAAAUGGUGCGAACCCAUUGAAGAGGAGAGCGUCAGUCCUCAGGAGCUCAUGCUGCGCUCACAGCGACUGUUUGUGGAGUCUCAGGUGCUGGGUAUAGUGCUGCUCAUCUUUAUCUGUGUGGGACUGGUGGUGUAUGUGAUCAGAGAAAGCUGCCGGCAGGAUCUGGAGACUCAAGAUCUCGAUGUGACGGAGAUGACGCUCUACAGCUCCAGCUGAUACACAUCCUUCCUCAUCCGAGUGCAGAAAAACACUCUUUACACGGCAAUGAAGAACACACAAGAAUGAGACAGUUCUUACAGGGACAUCGUUUCUUUCAACAAUGAAGAUGCGUCAUCAUUUACUCGUGCUCAUUGUGUUACUUGUAUUUUUCUCUUUCGUCUGUGGAAGAAAAAAAAAGGACAAAUCUUUAAGCCUGCUCUGAUCUGUACGAUUAAGUAUGAAUCAGAUCUGAUCACGAAUGUUAAUAGAAGGUGAAAAUAGUCAGGGAAUCAUCACUUCAGUCUAUUCAUCAAAGAAAGGUAUUGUAAAACUUUAAAUAUAGCAUUUUUGGACCACUUCCUUUUUUUUUGCUUUAAAUCUUAUGUUCAUUGUAAUUGCAUGGAAAAGAGAGAACGGCAUUAUUAUCAUCAUCAUCAUGGCAGAAAUGAGGGUGGGUCAAUAUGGUGUAACGGAAAUUCAUUUUGGGGGGAACUAACACUUCAUAGAAUAAUUUCAGGUUAAGUUAAACUCUAUUGAUCGAAUUCACACAAAGUCAUUUUGACUCCUAUAUAUGCAUUUACACCAGAGGGUGAUAAAAUCACUUAUUAAAUUUGCCUGUGUUAAGUUAUUCAAAACAUUUCACUUCCUGUAAUGACCAUGUAAAACCAGUUAACUCUACAGUUGUAUGUAUUUUACAAAACUUUUCAAUAAUUGUUCUUUUUUUUAUUGCAUUGAGAAAGUAUGCCAAUGUACUGUAAUGCAAAAACUAUAUUCUACAUAUAUUUUUAAAUCUAUAAGAAAAUAAUGUACUAUACUGUAUAAAAAAAUUCUACAUCCUAUAAAAUGUAAAUGUAUAAAAAACUUCAUAAGUUAUAGUCUAAUAAAAAAAUACAAUAAAUGCAACUAUAAAUGAAA